UACCCGAAUCUAGCCAUAUUAUUUCGAUCACUGAUGUCAACAUGGAGACGAAACCAAGCAUCGUUGAAUAUUAUUCGGAACAUGGAGGAUACCGCUGCGGUUAUUGUAAUUCUUCAAAUACUAAUUACUCACACGGCAUGUGGGCUCAUUCGUUGACUGUUCAGGAUUAUCAAGAUCUGAUUGAUCGAGGAUGGAGAAGGAGUGGUAAAUACUGUUAUAAACCCACCUUAAAUGUGACGUGUUGCCCACAAAAUACAAUCAAAUGUGCAGUCCUGGAGUUCAAGAUGAAUAAAUCCCAUAAAAAGUUAAUCAAACAAAUAAAUAAAUACCUUAUUCAUGGAACAAAGAGAGAAAGAAAUAGUGGGGACCAUGAAACAGAUUCAGGUACUAAUGAUAUCUCCUGUGAUGAAUUCCAACAAUUUCCCAGUAAAACUCCAAGUGAUAUCAAAAUGGUACCUUCUACUUCUUCUACAAAUCAGUUGUCUUCUGACCAGAAGGCAAACAGCAAAGAUACCCCAACGAAAACAUCAAGUACAACUAGCUCUAUUUCAGUAGCUGGUAAAAAGAAUGCAACUGCUGAACAGAAAACUAAAGAUCAACCUCAACCUGGAAAAGGAGCUGAUCCUAAACUCCCGCCAUGUAAAAAAGCCAAACAGAUUAGAGCUGAAAAAAAGAAAGAAAAAUUACUUAAGAAUACUGAACAAGUUCACCUACAAGAAAAAGCAAAAGAACCAACAGAGAAAACAUUAGAAGAUUUUCUUAAUGAACCUGAUAAAGUGGAAAAUCCUGCUCACAAAUUAGAGAUCAAACUAGUAAGAACAAACCCUGCAUCAGAAGAAUAUAAGUCAAGUUUUAUUGAAUCCCAUUCAGUGUUUAAGAAAUAUCAGAUGGCUAUACAUAAAGAACCAGCUUCUGAUUGUACUAAAUCAGCUUUUACAGGUUUUCUAGUAGACUCCCCAUUAAUAGAGAGUAAAAAAGGUGAUCUACCAAUGGGUUAUGGUUCUUUUCAUCAACAUUAUAUAUUAGAUGGUAAAUUAAUAGCUGUAGGUGUGAUAGAUAUUUUACCAUAUUGUGUAUCAUCGGUUUAUUUAUAUUAUGAUCCAGAAUAUUCUUUCCUUUCACUUGGAACUUAUUCAGCUCUUAGGGAGAUGGCCUUUACUAGAGAUUUAAAUAAAUAUGCUCCAAAUCUUAAAUAUUAUUAUAUGGGAUUCUACAUACAUUCUUGUCACAAAAUGAGAUAUAAGGGACAAUAUACACCUUCAUUUCUUGUUUGUCCUGAGACGUACGCCUGGGUUCCUAUAGAGAAAUGUCGUCCUAAACUUGACGCCACAAAAUAUUGUAAAUUAGAUGACAAUAACACAGAGGACAAAGACAGUAAGAUUGAUAUUAACAAAGUUUUAGUGUUACGUAAUGGUGAAGCUAUGACGUAUGAAAUUUACAGAUUUGAAAAUCCUAGAGUAAAAGAUGAAGAUGAGGUGUUAGAAUAUGCUAAACUGACAGGAAAAACAUGUGCCGAACGAAUGUUAUUAUUUAGGCAAUGAUAAAAACAUUUAUAUUUGUUGAUGUAUGAAUGUUAUAGACCUAAAGCUCAGUACGGGGGGUGGGGGGGGGGUAUCAGCCAUAAAACUAUUCAAUUGUUUUUUCGGACUAGUUUCAUUAUGUAUAGCAAUCAUUGUGAAACUAAAUUGGAGAGAUUUUGAUUUGACAGUUUUUACAUAUUUUAGCAAGUUUACAUUUUUAUUGAAAGAGUGAUUACUUUCCAUCAUUUUCAGCACGUUUUCAUGACCUCAUUUGACCCCAAAUAUCUCCAAAAUGCCCCAAAGUGGGGUCUGGUUUUGUGCCCAUUUGAUACCCCUCCCCUCCCACCCACCCACCCACCCUGCACUGAGUCUCCAGACUAUUAUAAUUGCUAAUAAUUUGCUUUCAUACUAAAAUGCAGUUUGAGGAAAAUCAUCCCUAACUCCACAUUUGUGAUAUUUAUUUCUAUUGUGGACUGAUUUGUCAAUAAUAUUUCCUUUUUAAUAACAUUUAUUCGGUUGUAUUAGAUUUUUUUACAAAAUAUUUUAUUUUCUAAAGGGGUGUUGGGUCCUAUACUCAAUGAAAUCAGGUCUUGUCCCAGUCAACCAAGUGCUUUCAUGACGAAGAUGCCAUAGUUGAGAUUUACUUAGACUUGUCCAAAUAUAUAGUCACUCCCAUCCCAUGUGUGCUUGCUGUUUGCAAUUGUUUUAUUUUAUUAAAAAUAAUGUGUUGGUUUCAUGCGUGGUUGGAUUAAGCUUGAAUGGGGUCCUUGGCUGAAAAUGUCACUGGGGCCCUUGCAUCAACAGUAAUGCACUCACACAAAUGCAAUUUGAAAAUUGUAUGCCUUCCUUGUUAAUCAGUACCGUAACAUAUGACGUCUAUUUAUGGUAUAAUUUUUUUAGAGCUAACGUUGGCGCCCCUGGCUGCAGCCAGCCCCCCCCUUUAAUCCGGCCCCUGUUCCAUGUCAUUAUUGUUAUUAGAUCUAUAGUCAAAUAAAGUGCUAUUUAUAAUAAUGCUUAUAGUAAAGGCUGUUGUAGAUCUUUGUAAUUUUAUUGUACACAAUCUAAAUAUCUUCUAAUUGUACUCGUAUUCAUUAUUUAACAUGUACUUAAGAAAAUAAAAUCAAAAUAUCAACAGUAGAUAAUAUCCUGGCUUGGAUUUAAUCUGAUUAAAAAGAGGCCCAUCACAAGAUAUAAGCAAAGAUUAUAGGUGGCACCAUCUUGUUUAUAUUGUUUGCUGAAUGUUGACAAAUUUGUAUGUAAAUUUUGUUAAUCUAAAUAGUUAACUGUGAUAUACGGUAGAGAUCAAGGAUAAUUAGGAGGUAGAAAUUCAUAAUGAAAAUAGGCUAUUCAACUUGUCACAUGUAAACAUAAAUAUAUAACCAUGUUAAUUGUUAUUAGUUUUCAAUGUUAAGUGUUGUUAGUUUAAAUCAAUUAAAUAUAUGCACACUACAGAAAAUAUUUAUAUUUAUAAAUUGUUUGUUGUUUUCAUCAGAUAUUUAUUUCCAAUCAUUUGGUGUCGUUGAUACAAUAAGACAUUUAAUCCUAGUAAGAUUUGUAUAACUGCACCUAAUUGACUAGAAUGUUGACUUAAACCAGAAAACCAUCCUUGUUGGAGUUUAUAUAUCGUAACCAAUAAUAAGCUCAUUAAUUUCAUUCAUGAAAAUAUGACUAAAACCAGCAUGUUCACUUGGAAAUAUUUCAGUUUAAUAAAUUGUGUCUUACUUUG